AAGACCACCGUCAUCCUUUCCAUCUUGAUCCACAGCUCCAAUGACAAAUGUAAUGCGUUACAGACCAAGCAUGCAUUUUACCUUGCAGCAUCCAACACAUCCAGGUCCAUCCGACAGUGGGCUGCACACAUUGGGAUUGCUGUUUCGCCCACUUCCAUCGAGAACUUACACGAGUCACUUAUCAACAACCAGAAACAAACCAAUAAGACCCUUGGGGCAACAAGGGUGGUCAAUAUUGCAUACGACAACUGUGACUUCAAGUUCGGUGUGGGGCAGCCAACUGAUCUCAAUGAGAAGAUGUUUGAAAGUAUCACUACCGGACUGUUCCUCAACAUGCACAAUGGCGUACUACCCAUAGAUCUUGAGUAUGCAAAAUACUUGUGGGAGCGGAGCCCUAACAAU